GCCAGCAGAGUAGCCGACUAACUUACGAAUUUGUAACUUGUACCGCUUGUACCCAUACUUGUACCGCUUGUUCCUCGUGAGAAACUUCUUUUCCAUGGCACCAAAGUUAAAACCCUCAAAAAGUGAAUGGCAACAGUGCAAUACAUGCAAAAUAAUUGUAUCGACGAAAGAUGUGGACCAGCAUGAAAGCUGCUGCCUUCGCAGGGAAUGCGAGCGGGAUACUGAUCUGAAAUUACCGCACGACCACAUUACGUCCUCAACACUGCACGGAACUGUUCGUGAACUUCCUGACAAAUUCGAAGAUGUGGCAGAGCUACCUGCUUCAAUUAAAUCGCGUCUGGUUUUCCUCAAUCCUUCGUGCAUGAGGAUAUGCAAAAUAGGACUGAAGGACAAUGUAGCUGUUACAUUGGAGGACGGUACAACAUCGCUUUACGUCGCUUGGCCCGUAAAGAACAUCGGCCUUACUUCAGUGUGCUUCGUAAACUGCAAGAAAAUCGCAGGAAAGCGAGCUGCUGUGAAAAGAUACUCCAACUGCAUUGUCGGUGCAAAAGCAAUCACCGUUGUUGCCAACCAAGAAGUGCAAAAGGAACUGAUGUCUGAUAUCCCGAAAUGUCUCUUAACCCAAAACAGACACUCCAUAAGAGCAGGCUCCACGCUGCUGUGCAGGCUAUACGGACAAGAACUGACCUUCAAGGUCGCAGAGGUAAUUGGAGAGGACGGUUCCACCAGUUCGAGUUGUGACGAUGUCCCCGAAGUUGAGCGGAAGAUGAUGUCACUGGCGUUGGACGACACCGAUCUCGAACCUGAACACGAGGACGAUUUAUCGGAUUCGUUGCUGGAGUCAACGCCGGUUCGAGCUCCCCGCCUUAUUUCCGCAAAUUUUUCCACGCCUAUGCAACAGACAACCUGGCAGGAUAGUUCAAGAGAAGCGGGCCUUCCUGCUUUCUACCUGAUGAAAGGUUGGACGAAAAUUUCAGUCGUCUCCGAAAUGAACGAAGCUGGAAAGGACGUGAAACAAACAAAUUACAAUGAUAUUGGAGGGCUGGAGGAGGAGAUACGCAGUCUGAGGGAGUUAAUCGAAGCACCAGUCAAGUUUCCGCAGACAUUUGCAAAGUUUGGUCUAAAACCACCAAGAGGUGCACUGCUCUAUGGUCCUCCAGGAACAGGAAAAACGAUGCUUGCUAGAGCAGUUGCAGCAGAGGCAAGAGUCAACUUUGUCACAAUCAACGGUCCCGAAAUAUUCAGCAAGUUUUAUGGCGAAACAGAAGCUGCUUUGCGUGACAUCUUCAGAGAUGCUGUGGAAAAAUCGCCCAGCAUAGUGUUUAUCGAUGAAAUAGAUGCCCUCUGUCCCAAACGGGAAACUGGAAUUUCGGAUCAGGAAGCGAGGGUCGUUUCAACGUUGGUGACGUUGAUCGACACACUUCCAGUGGGCGAAGGAAAGUGGGCCAUCGUCCUGGGUGCGACAAACAAGCCCAAUUCUUUGGACCCUUCAAUCAGGCAGCCUGGACGACUGGACAGAGAGAUUGAGAUCGGUGUUCCGACAGUAGCCGCACGCCAAGAUAUACUACGAAAGAUACUAAAAAACGUCAAGCAUUCUCUAACGGACCAAGAAAUAUCGGACAUGGCGGAAAUGGCUCACGGUCUCACGGGAGCAGACCUGUCGGCAGUUUGCAGCGAAGCUGCCUUACACGCCAUGGAGAGGCACAUAGGCGGAUCUCACCUUUCAGAUGCUCAACUCAGCCAAGUGAUCUCGGUUGACCUGGAAGACUUCACGUACGCACUGAAACGCGUCAAACCGAGUGCAAUGCGAGAAGUCAUGUUGGAAAUCCCAAAAAUUCGCUGGUCUGACAUAGGAGGCAUGGCAGAGGUGAAGCUGAAGCUCAAGCAAGCUGUCGAAUGGCCGCAGCAACACAGAGACGCAUUUGAGAGGCUCGGAAUCCGACCGCCGCAUGGCUUGCUGCUCUAUGGUCCUCCAGGAUGUUCAAAAACUAUGAUUGCCAAAGCUCUAGCCACAGAAAGUGGGCUCAACUUUAUCGCGAUCAAGGGACCAGAACUCUUCAGCAAGUGGGUUGGUGAUUCCGAAAGAGCCGUGCGGGAGGUCUUUCGAAAGGCAAGGGCAGCAUCACCGUGCGUCGUUUUCUUUGACGAGAUUGACGCACUAGCUGCACAGCGAGGAAGCACAAAGAGCAGUAGCAACGUCGGAGAUCGUGUCAUCGCCCAGCUGCUAGCAGAAAUUGAUGGCAUCGAGCAACUGGAAGAUGUAGUGCUUGUGGCUGCCACCAACAGACCUGACAUGGUGGAUGAGGCGAUGCUGCGACCUGGCAGGCUGGACAGCAUCAUCUACGUCCCGCUCCCCGACUUAGAGACCCGGAAAGAAAUCUUACGCAUCAACCUCAACAAGCGCCCUGUGGAUCAAGAUGUCGAUCUUGAUGAGCUCGCGCAGAGAACAGAGGGCUAUUCGGGUGCUGAGGUGGUGGCUGUGUGUCAGGAAGCUGCUAUGAAAGCCUUGGAAGAAGAUAUCACAGCGACGGCCAUCAGAAAGUCUCACUUCGAAAUGGCACUGAAAGUUGUCAUGCCCCGAAUCUCCAAGGAAACGAUACAGUUCUACGAAUCGUAUAAAGCCUCCGGAAAAGGAGUGAACAGACGCUGACGCCCUUUAUUGCACUGUACAUAACAGCCUCUUUUUAAAAAAAUAAAUAAAAUAAAAUGCUACAGAAAAUA